AUGCCAGAGGAAGAUGUCGAACCGCCAACUGGCCCGCUAGUUCCUGAGGAACUCGAAGAUGUCGAUGUCGAUGUCGAACCGCCAAUUGGUUCAUCACUUACGGAGGACGUGACCGAGGACGUGACCGAGGACGUGCUAAAGGAAGACGUCGAACCGCCAAUUGGCCCGCUGGUUCCUGAAGAGGCACGAAAUGAAGAUGUCGAUGUCGAACCGCCAAUUGGUUCAUCACUUACGGAGGACGUGGUUGAGGACGUAACCGAGGAUGUGCUAGAGGAAGAUGUCGAGCCACCAAAUGGUCCGUUUCCCGAAGAAGUGCUAAAUGAAGAUGUCGAUGUCGAGCCGCCAAUUGGUUCAUCACUUGCGGAGGACGUGCCUGAGGAUGUGCCAGAGGAAGAUGUCGAGCCGCCAAUUGGCCCACUGGUUCUUGAAGAAGUGCUCGCAGUCCAAGUUUUAGGAUGCCAGUCAACCCAAGUUUGA